GGCGGGCAGGUGGGCGUGCGGAGGAGCGGAGAGCAGAGGGGAGGGGGAAGAGGGCGAAGCGGCCAAGGCUCUGAGGUGAUGUGGCGGCCGGCCUGGGUGCUGCCCUGCCCCGCAGCGGGAGGGAUGGAGAGAGCCGCGCGCGAGCCGGGACCGUUACCGGAGCGGCAGCGCGCUCCCUCAGGCGGCGUCGCCGCGGUCCACCCUGGAGGCACCGUCCUGCCCCGGGCCUCCUGUGGGGAAGGGCUGGGGGCUUCGUCCCCGCUGCUUUCGCCGCCAGCACUCUUCUUCCAGCGGUGUGGCGGAAGGCAGAGUCAAGAAGGCGAUGCACAAUGGAAUGCAGAGGGCAACCAAUGUUACCUACCAAGCUCAUCAUGUCAGCCGAAAUAAGAGAGGCCAAGUGGUAGGAACAAGAAGUGGUUUCCGUGGAUGCACAGUCUGGUUAACAGGUCUCUCUGGUGCUGGGAAGACCACAGUUAGCAUGGCCCUGGAAGAAUAUUUAGUAUGCCAUGGCAUUCCAUGCUACACAUUGGAUGGUGACAACAUUCGCCAAGGCCUUAAUAAGAAUCUGGGUUUCACACCAGAAGAUAGAGAAGAAAAUGUCCGCCGGAUUGCUGAGGUUGCUAAACUGUUUGCAGAUGCUGGUUUGGUGUGCAUCACUAGUUUCAUCUCUCCUUAUGCUCAGGAUCGUAAUAAUGCUAGACGAAUUCAUGAAGGGGCCAGUCUGCCUUUUUUUGAAGUAUUUGUGGAUGCUCCUUUGCAUGUCUGUGAACAAAGAGAUGUUAAGGGACUGUAUAAGAAAGCCAGAGCUGGAGAAAUUAAAGGCUUUACUGGGAUUGACUCUGAGUAUGAAAAACCAGAAGCCCCAGAGCUUGUGCUGAAAACUGAUUCCUGUGAUGUGAAUGAUUGUGUACAACAAGUUGUGGAACUUCUUCAAGAGAGGGACAUCGUACCAGUGGAUGCCUCGUAUGAGGUGAAAGAGCUUUAUGUGCCAGAAAACAAACUGAAGUUGGCUAAAACUGAUGCCGAGUCUCUGUUAACCUUGGAAAUAAACAAGGUGGAUAUGCAGUGGGUGCAAGUGUUGGCUGAAGGUUGGGCAACACCCCUGAGUGGCUUUAUGAGAGAGAGAGAAUACCUGCAGUGCCUUCACUUUGACUGUCUCCUUGAUGGGGGAGUCAUUAAUCUUUCAGUGCCUAUAGUGCUGACAGCUACGCAGGAAGACAAAGAAAGACUGGAUGGCUGUACAGCAAUUGCAUUAGUGUACGAGGGUCGCCGCGUGGCCAUUCUCCGUAAUCCAGAAUUCUAUGAGCAUAGGAAAGAGGAACGUUGUGCGAGGCAGUGGGGAACGACAUGCAAGGAUCAUCCUUACAUAAAGAUGGUUAUGGAGCAAGGGAACUGGCUUGUAGGUGGAGAUUUACAGGUCCUCGAUCGUAUUUAUUGGAAUGAUGGACUUGAUCAGUACCGUCUCACUCCAGCUGAACUAAGACAGAAGUUCAAGGAAAUGAAUGCUGAUGCUGUCUUUGCCUUUCAGUUACGCAACCCAGUGCACAAUGGGCAUGCACUUUUGAUGCAGGAUACUCAUAAGCAGCUUUUGGAACGUGGCUAUAGGCGUCCGGUUUUGCUGUUGCAUCCACUUGGAGGCUGGACAAAGGAGGAUGAUGUCCCUCUCAUGUGGCGCAUGAAACAGCAUGCUGCAGUACUGGAGGAGGGAGUCUUGAAUCCAGAAACAACGGUAGUGGCUAUAUUCCCUUCCCCCAUGAUGUAUGCUGGACCAACGGAGGUUCAGUGGCACUGCAGAUCACGGAUGGUUGCAGGAGCUAACUUCUACAUUGUAGGCCGAGAUCCUGCAGGGAUGCCGCACCCUGGUACUGGGAAAGAUCUGUACGAACCAACUCAUGGUGCCAAAGUGUUGACAAUGGCCCCAGGCCUCCGAGCACUUGAAAUUGUACCCUUCAGGGUUGCAGCUUAUAAUAAGAAAAAGAAGUCCAUGGACUACUAUGACUCUGAGCACCAUGAAGACUUCGAAUUUAUUUCGGGGACCCGCAUGCGCAAGCUGGCUCGAGAAGGACAAAACCCACCGGAAGGCUUCAUGGCUCCUAAGGCUUGGACUGUGCUGACAGAAUACUACAAAUCCUUGGAGAAGGCUUAGGCCUCUUAUUAACUGCAGAUCAACCUUUGACGCCUGAUUUAUUUACGAGAAGGGGACCACACAGUCACCGUUCAUGUCGCUUUGUUGUGGUAUCUGUCAGGAAGUUCUUCUCUGAAAACAGACUCUUUCUCUCUAACUUAGCAUCAUUCUUUGCCUGUCCUUAUGGGUUCUAUUAUAUCCUGGCACCUAACUAGCUGCUGUUUUUAAUGUCUUUUCUUUUAUUACAGUUAAUAUUCUUACAGUGGGAUUUUUAACUCUGUUUUUUUUAUAUUAUUUUACUGCCUCUGUCCUCUGAGUUCUGCAGCUGUUAAAUAGAUGCAGCUUUUUUCAUAUUAUUUAAACUGCUGAAUAUUUUCUGGUUUUAGUAGUUUGUAGGAGAAAAUGUAAUAAUUAGACUCUUAACUAUGGAUAGAUGCUCUAUAAGUGAAAAAAGUAAUUAAGUUUUAAACUACCUUAAAAGUGUACUCUAUCUUAUUCUCAUCAGCAUCUCCAGAAGCAUUUAAAAUUAACUUUUCAGUAUGUGUAAUCAAUAAGUAGAGUUCUUUAUGCAGCAUAAUUAACUUCUUUUGCUUUCUUUGUUUAGUUUUAGAAUUCUUGGAGCUCUGUCCGGUAGUUUUUCUUCUGCCGUGGACCUGUAAAAAUGACCAAGUAGUGAAUAAAAGAAAAUACUUAAUUUUCUCUUAAUAAACUAAGAUAUUUUUUUUAAUGUGUACUGAUGCAAUGACUGUCAGUAGGGAUCAUUUGAUUUCACUUAUUGAUCUUUGUUCCUGUUACGCUCAACAGUAAGCAUACAGUAGUACUGAUCCAUUGGCAUCUUUUCCAGUGUUUGUAGGUAAUCAGAGGAACAGUCAAACUGUUCUUAGCUAUUGACUAGGAACUUCUCAUAUCCUUCUCACAGAAACUCUCUCUUCUUUAGCAGAAGGUGUACGUAGGAGGAAAGAGUAAAAAAUUGUUUUUAGAACAUUGAAACUGGCCUGCUACUGAACCUGAAUGAAGCAUCACAUCAAUAUAUAGGUUGUGCACAGUCCAGAAGAAAAAGUUACUUCCUCUCUGUGCAGGUGUUUGUGCAAUACUUCAUGCUUAGCUACAAAGAUGAACAAAAGUUAUGAGCUGCUAAAAAGGGAUUUGCUGUUGAAAGUUAGAGUUUGGACUUUUUGCUGUCAGGUAAAUUGAUAGUUCCAAGACAAAUCAAACAGCUCUGACUAUGAUCAAUCAGAAAUAGAUAAAUAAUGCACGUGGAUAAUUCUUUCCUAGCUGGAGAACUGAAGGUUGAAUGUUGUUUAAGGAGAUUCCUCUUCAAACAGGAGCAGUUUGAUUGAGUAAUGCUUCAGUUAUGGGGUGAGAAAGUCUGGUUGCCCAGGAAACCUGGUGAAUGCUGUGUACACACUGGUGGAGAUAGUCCUGAUCUAGUUGUUCUGGCAUGUAUGUGAGCAGUCAGUUAUGCAAAUGAGGCAUUCCAAGAAUAAGUGAUUAAUUUGGCAGCAUUCGUAUGAUGAGUCUCAGUGAGGGAAAGCUGACAUCAUAAUGUUGGAAAUGCUUUAUUUAAUCAUGAUGAAUCUUGGGCCAGUCCUCAGGAAUCCCUGACCCAGGAGACCAGGAAGAAAUUCUGGAGAAAGGAAGAGUUUCCCUUCAUUAAGAAGGAUCGGGUUAGAAAUGAUUCAGGUACUCUGGACAUCCACAAGUCCAUGAUCGCUGAUAGAAUGCAUCCUUGAGUGCUGAGAUAGCUGGUGAACUACAUUGCCAGGCCUCUCUCUAUUGUCUUUAGAAGGUAAUGGCAAUCAGAAGAGAUGCCUGAAGGUUGGAAGAAAGCAAAUGUGACCCUAGUCAUCAAAGGACAAGAGGGAAGACACUUGAGAAUACAGGCCAGUCAGUCUCAUCUUAGUCCUCAGAAAGGGAGAUGGAACAGUCAUCUGGAGGCCAUUUCUAAGCAUGUGGAAGACAAGAAAGCGAUGAGGAGUAGUCAGCACAGAUUUAUUGAAGGAAAAUCAUGUUUAACUAAUCUAAGCCCUUUCUAUGAUGGGGCAACUGGUUGCAUAGAUAAGGGGAGAGCAGUAGAUGUUGUCUCCCUGACUUCAGCAAGGUUUUUGAUACUGUCUCCUAUGCUAUCCUCAUAUAGUGAUGGACAAUAUGUUGACCAUGAGUCAGCCAUGCGCCUUUGUGGCUAAGAAUGCCAUUGGUGUCUGGGUUGCAUUAGAGUAUUGUAUUAGAGUAUUGCCUUCCAGUUGAGGGAGAUGAUCCUCUCAUUCUACUCAACCCUCGUGAAGCCUCACCUGCAGUACUGUGUACAGUUCUGGGCUUCCCAGUGCAAGAGGCAUGGACAUAGUGGAGAAAGUCCAGUUAAGGAGCAACUAAAACAAUUAAAGGACUGUAGCAUCUCUGCCAGGAGGAAAUACUGAGGGACCUGGGCCUGUACAGCUUGAAGAAGGCUCUGGGGGAAUCUCAUCAAUGUUUAUCUGCAGGGAGGUAAUCAAGAGAGUGUGGCUAGGGCUAGGGUUCUCAGUGGUGCACACUGAAGAGGCAAGAAGAAACAGGCACAAACUGAAACACAGAGAAGUUCUGUCUGGAGGAGUAAAAACUUCUUUACUGUGAUAGUAACUGAGCACUGGAAGAGGUUGCCCAGAGAGGCCGUGGAAUCUCCUUUCAUGGGGGUCUUCAAAAGCAACCUGAACACAGUCCUGGUUGAUGUGCUCCAGGGAACUAUGCUUGAACAGUGUGGUUGGACUAGUUGAUCUCCAGAGGUUCUUUCCAACCUCAGAAGUUAAAUGGUAGAAAUAUCUCAGUUACAAUAUUAUGUCUAUGCAGUAUUGUAUUCUUGCAUCUAUCUUUGCAAAAGAAAUGGUCAGGUAGAGCUUUGCAUACACACUUCAUAAAAUAUCUUUUAACAGCUCUUGAAUUAAAGCAUCUGGGUGCAGAUAAUUGCCUCUAGGGCUUGUACUAACCCUUGGUUUUGGAGGUAUUUCUAAGUAUUGAAUGCUAUAUCAUUGACUCAGAUGACUAUAUGUUUUCUCUGUCAGUUUUUAUGGAUAAGAAAGCUCUAGAGAAGAAAUAGAACAUGCUGAACAGGUAAGUAAAGCUGCAUUGUUAUUAUGUAAAAUCUGUAGGAAAGUUGUGUUGAUAUGAGGUGCUCAUUUGAGACUACGUGAAAAGGAUCAACAGGUAGACAUUUGCUAAAAGUAGGGGAUAAAAUUUUAGAGCAUACAGUUACACGCUAUCUUUCUGUAUUUUUGAAAUAAUAUUUUUUGUUAUAGGCAAAACAAAAGAACAGUACUAUAGAAAACGUUUGUUCAAACUACAGCUGUGACAGGAAGGGAAAGAGAAUGAAAUUUAUUCAUGAACAGGAGACUGAAGUAUGUGUAUGCUUAUUCAACUCUCAGAAGAGGAUCUGAAGUGAAAAUGAGAGGAAAAGAAAACAACACCUAGAAACCGAGUGGCUAAUGGUGGUCUAUCCUUGCACCAAUGACAAGGAAUGUGAGGUUGGGCGGUACUGUCACAGUCCUCAUCAAGCAUCGUCUGCAUG